UAAUAUCGACGGUAUGUUCCGGUGUAACCGGAAGUAAGCAGUAACAACUUCCUUCCUCCGUUUCAUUCAAUAGUAACGACAGGCUACGCGUUAGCUAUUAGCUGUUAGAAGUCAUGCGAGGAACGGGAACGUUUUAACCCCGGACAGUUUAAUAUAAAGAGGUCACGUUUGUGUUGUUGUCAUGACGACGACUAUAGUUCACGACACAACGGAGGCGGUGAAACUGUGUCCAGUACAUGGCCUUCACCUAAAACCCAUUGCCAAGAUGAUGGUAAGUGUGGCCCUGCCGCAGCUGAAGCAGCCAGGCAAGUCCAUCUCCAACUGGGAGGUGAUGGAGCGCUUGAAGGCCAUGGUGCACCCGGACCAGUUCUCCGCCCUGCGCAUUUCCAGGAGCACCAUGGAGUUCAUCCGCUUUGAGGGUGAGGUGGAGAACAAGGGCAUGGUUAAAACUUUUUUGGCCAAGCUGGACGGUAAGAGCAUCAAGCUUAGCGGCUUCACGGACAUCCUGAAGAUCCGUGCUGCCGAGACCAAGACGGACUUCCCCACCCGUCACGACUGGGACUCCUUCUUCCGAGAUGUGAAGGACAUGAAUGAAACGCUUCCCGGCGAGCGGCCAGACACCAUCCACCUGGAAGGGCUGCCCUGCAAGUGGUUCACCAAGAAGGAGUCCUCUGCAGACAGGCCGUCCGAAGAUGUCCUUCGAGCCGUGUUUGAGGGUUUUGGCAAGAUCCGCAAUGUGGAUAUACCCAUGCUGGAUCCCUACCGUGAGGAGAUGAUGGACAAGAACUUCCACACUUUUACGUUUGGGGGUCACCUGAACUUUGAGGCGUAUGUGCAGUACGAGGAGUAUGCAGGGUUUGUCAAGGCCAUGGAUGCUCUGAGAGGCAUGAAGCUGAUGUACAAGGGGGAAGAUGGGAAGGCCCUGGCCUGUAACAUUAAGGUGACCUUUGACACUACCAAGCACCUGAGCGAUGCUUCCCUUAAGAAGAGGCAGCUGGAGAGGCAGAAGCUGCAGGAGCUGGAGAGGCAGAGAGAGGAGCAGAAGCGCAGGGAGAAGCUGGAGGAGGAGCGGCGCAAGGAGGAGGAGAGGAAGCAGCGUGAGCAGGAAGAGGAGGAGAGAGAGCGCAAACGUGAGGAGAAGCAACGCAAGCGAGAGCAAAGGAACCGCGAGCGCGAGGAGAAGAGGACACAGAAAAAAGCCAAGAAGCAACAGGUGGAGGAGCAAAAGAAGCUGCAUUUGAAGAUUGCCAUGGAGGAGCGGAAGCUGCUGCUGACACAGCGCAACCUGGAGUCUAUCCGCCUCAUCGCAGAGCUGCUGAGCAGGGCCAAGGCCCUUAAACAGCAGCAGCAGGAGAAGGAGCAGGCGGAGCUUGCUCGCAAGAAGGAGGCAGAGCUUGCUCGCAAGAAGGAGGCAGAGAUUGCGAGGCUCCAACAGCUGGAAGAGCGUCGUCGGCUGCAAGAGGCUGAGCUGCGACGCGUAGAGGAGGAGAAGGCCCGUGCCUUGGAACUUCAGCGCAAGGAGAGGGAGCUGCGUGAGAGGCUGCUCAGCAACCUCCUCAAGAAGACUACUGCUCCGGGGAGCCAAGACGUGGAGCCAGGGCUUGCUGAGGUCCCUGACCUGGUGAAGGCCUCUCUUCCUUUAGAGGUCUACAGCAGUGAAACUCAAGUACAAGUGAAUGGUCUCACUUGCAAAGCUGGAGAGAACAAGUCUUCUGCGCUCUCUGGUAAGCAUGUCAGCUCUGCUUCCAGACACUUGGAGAAGGAGCCAGAGCGAAGUCUUUCCAGGGGACGCUCUCCUUCUCAGCAUGGUCGCCACUGGCAUGGCAGCAGCGCUCAGAGACGACGAGGUUCUAGUCCGUAUGACAGAGAGUGCAGCCAGGACAGAAGAGAACGCAGCCUGAGUGAACGCGAACUGAGUCGGGAAGAUGAACGCCACCGGAGGCGGGAGCGCAGUGAUGACGACUGUCGCAGAAGAAGGGAGCGCAGCCGGGACAGAAAGGACCGCAGUCGAAGCAGAAGGGAUCGCAGCUGGGGAAGAAGAGACCGCAGCCGUGGGAGGCGGCAGCACAGCCACGAACGUAAGCGUUAUCGCAGCCGAGGCAGAUCGUCCAGCAGCCACAGGGGAAGGGGGCGGAGUCGGUCAUCCAGCUCUGACGGGAGAAGGUACAGCCAGGAGAGGGAACGGAGAUACCGGAACAGCCGUAGCAUGAGCCGGGGGCGGGGAAAACGCGACCGCCACCGACACCGCAGCUAACAGGAGAACAUGGACUCAGCUUCACAGACCUGCUGCUUUCGAUGCGGCGCCUCACUGUCUCUGCCUCCUGCGGCGGCUGGGACACACAAGGCUUAUGGCUCUGUGAACAAAGAAAGUGGCUUCAUCGCACAAGCGUGUUCAACACGCUUUCACUCUUCCCCCCCCUCAGUUUUCUAAGAACAUUAGGUCUACAUAUUGAUUUAAGUAAUGCAAUAAUUUUUCUCCCCAAUUAUUGUUCUCAAGAAACUUUAAAGGGAAAUAUUGCCAUUUACAGAAAAAAGUUAUUUUUAAAAGUAAUGUUCCAGACUGUGUUCCUACGGCAUGUUGUAGGUCAGACACUUUGCUCAGGACAUAAUUAUUUUCUGCUUUGUAGAAUCUGCAAUUAUUUCUAAUUUUCAGAAAAUACCUUGUAGAAGACAAGUUUAGAUUUCUAUUCAAAUAGAGCUGUUGACACUGAUUUGGAUGCAGGGCACCCCUCCUCCCUGGUUUUGAAUAUAAUCUUUGAUGGACUGUCCUGUAACAAAGCCAAAGUCUCCAUGUCAACAUGAUGUCAUUAAUAACAUACCUCAGACCGCUUUGUACAGGAAGCCAACCGUGUUACAUCAGUGUGAACCUGCCUGUUGUGUUGCCCUGGGCAUUCCCUUCCAGGAGGACCUAAGGGAAUUGAUCCGACAUCUUUUUUGCUUCGCCCAUAAUGUUUAUUGAAUUCAUUUUGGAUCUUUCUGUCACAGUGUUGAAGUAUGAGCCUUAAAUGCAUGUUCUGUUUUCCUGAUUAAUAAUAAAAAUUAGGUUCCUAUUUGACUAACCAUAGCAAGAACUGUCCAUUAAUUUAUCGGGUUGCACUGGUGCCUGACAGAUUCUGGGUUGAGGGUUCAAAUCCUGCUUGACUUGCAUGCUCUCACAGUGUUCUCCUUCAGAUGCUUCUG